AUGUUCGACAUGAGGCAGCGGAUGCUGGAUAUCUUGAAGAAUGUUGGUGGUGCACUGCUUCAAAACUUGCAGUUGCUCGCAUCGCAACACCGUAUACCUGGAACAUACAGUGACAUCACUGACGGUGAUUUGUACAGAAGCAUAAGGAAACAGUUUAAUAUGAGGUGGUCCGAUUUGACGCUGUGCUUCAACACAGAUGGUGCGCCAGUUUUUGAAUCGAGCAAAUAUUCAAUUUGGCCAAUUCAAAUUCUUUUGAACGAGCUUCCUGCACAAGUCCGGUGGCAAAAUAUAGCAAUUGGUGCUCUAUGGUUUUCUAAAAUUCACCCUCCAAUGCAUCUUUUCAUCGGCAAAUUUGUUGAAGAGCUCGCCAACAUUGGAACUCUGACGUGGUCUCACGGUGGAAGAAGAAUUAAAUCGGCGGUCCAUGCAGUUGCUUGCUGUGUCGAUUCGCCAGCUAGAGCUGCAGUUCUGAACAUGAAGCAAUUCAACGGCUACUUUGGCUGCAGUUGGUGUUUAGAGAAAGGCACACCUGUAGAAGGAACACUGAAGUACCUGUUCCAUGCAGAGCCAGCCCCAGAGAGAACGCAUGAAGCUGUUUUCAAGGCGAUGCUUCAAGCUGUACAUAAGAGAACUACAGUCACCGGCAUUAAGGGGCCAUCUCCUUUGAUGAAGCUAAAAAGUCUAGACCUCGUGUGGGGCUUGCCCCCAGACUACAUGCAUUGUGUAUUGGAAGGUGUGACAAAACAGCUGACUGAGUUGUGGCUUUCAUCUGUAGGAUCUGCCUACUACAUUGGCAGAGAGCUGAAAUUGCUGGAUGGGAGAUUGUGCAGCAUCAAGCCAACAAUAACAUUUGUACGAACACCACGACCA